CAUUUUGUGACAGUGUGUCUGUAGAUAGACAAUUAAGUGGCUGUAAUAGGUAAAUUAGAAUAUAUUGCUCAACGGCUUUCAGCCUUCAGUUGUGUGUGAGUGUGUGAGAGAGCGCUGCCACACAAGGACUACAUGUUUGCUCAGUAAUCUCCGGCUCAACCUGUCUGAUAGGUGUGGGCUGGCUGGCAGUGACUUGUGCAGGUAUGAAGUCAAAUCCAACACAGUCUUGAGAGAGAGGAGGGAAGCUUUUGCACUCCUGACAGACACUCUUACUUUUUACAAAAAAGCAGAAGGAAAGCAAUAGAAGAACAACUCUCAUAAACUCCAGGAAGAGAGAAGAAGAAGAAGAAGAAGAAACCAUGGGAAAAGGUGGAAGACGAGGAGAAUGCUACAAAAUGUAAAAUAACCCAAGGAAGCUUCUUCUGCGGCAGUUCGACAGAUGGGUCUGGAAUCCUAAUGUGGCAUUUCAGGCUCUGGGAAAUACAAGAUGUUGCUGUUUUUCUCAGCAUCAUGUUAUAUAUGUGCCACCUAGCUGGAGCCAUUUCCAUAUACUCUCCUCAGAGGAGCCUGAUCCGCUCUGUGCAGGACGAUGUGAUCUUCUCAGUGAAUUUCACCUGCAGCGAGAUCCCAAACAUACAAUGGACUUUUAUGUCAGGAUUGGUGAGCCGGAUGAUAGGGACCUGGCAGCCUGGGGGGUACACCAACAUAACGGAGGACUACAGCAGCCGGGUGCAGGCCUAUGACAACGGUUCGAUGUGCCUGUCAGACCUGCGGCUGCAGGAUGGUGGAUUCUACGUCGUCACCAUCACAGAAUCAACCGGGAGCAGCAAGGAUUUUGGUUUCGUCCUCAAAGUAAAUGAGGUUCUGUAUGAGGACCUUCAGUACCUUACUGUCUCUUUUUUGGCCCUGGCCUGCUUGGCCGGCCUUCUUAUGCUCGCCAUGUGGCUCCUGGACAAGGCCUACAAGAAGAUAAUGGCAUGCAAGCGCAGGAGAGAGAUGCCAGAAAACGAUGUGACUGAGCUGCAGAUAAUGAACAUCUGAGUGAUGACUCACCUGAAAUGGCCAAUCAAAGCUGUCAGUUAUACAACAUGAGGACAUACUUUUGAAGGUGGAAUGUUGUGUACAUAAAACUGUCCUCUUUAUAAAAUCUAGUAACUUACAGCUCAAAGCAUGACUGGUCAGUCAUGAAUACCUGCACUGUGUUGAUAUUUUGUACUGAUAUUGAUAUUUACAGAUGACUGUCACUGAAUGAGUGAAUGUAAAUAUACCACCGAUGACACAGGAACACAAUAAAUCUUGUAUUUAUUCUCUAAGCAAA